UUAAGACAACUCGCUUUCACAUUAAGUUUCUAAUGUGACUGGCUUGAUACAUAUGUACGUUAUUUACCUGCAGGCAUGUUUUAUUAUUUCUGAACUUACACACAGAGAAAUGAGAGGAGCAGCUUGGAGUUUAACUGCAGCAGCGAGUGGAUUGGUCGUCCUUCUCCUCACUGUACCAGUGAUACAGAGUCAGAAUGGCUGGGGAGUGACUUACACCUCUACUCAGAUCUGUGCCUUAAAGGGAUCAACAGUGGAAAUACGCUGCAGCUACAGAUACCCAUCCACCAAUGGUGAUGGAGUUAAGGAAGCAUUUUGGUUUACAAAAGAGAGUAAUAAUGUUUAUGUGGAUCUGAAAAUGGACCUGGAGUAUUCAGAUCGUGUGCAGUUUGACUGUAAAAAAAAAGGUGUGCAGUAUCACUCUGAAAACAAGGACUGCACUCUGAGAAUCUCAGACCUGAGACAGAGCGACUCAGCUGUGUACAAGUUCAGGUUCAGAACAGACGAUUCAACAGGGAAAUAUACUGGUUUACCUGGAGUCACUCUGUUGGUAGCAGAUCCACAGCUCCAGGUACAUGUGAGGAGAUCAACAGUCAGAUCCCACCAACAGCCUACCUGGACAGAACUGACAUGUCAUAACAAGUGUCAGCUGCCUGAUCAUUAUUCCUACAUCUGGUACAAGAACGGCCAGAAAUUUGGAGAUAAAAAAGUUUACUUUCAUCUAGACCUAUUUAAUCCUGCAGACAACUAUUCGUGUGCUGUAUCAAAAUAUGAGAUGUUCCCCUCUCCUUCAGUGUAUGUAAAGCUUCCCUCCGUAUCAGUGAGUCCUUCUGGUGAUUUAAUGGAGGGAAGUUCAGUAAAUGUGACUUGUAGCAGUGAUGCUAACCCAGCAGCUAACUACAGCUGGUACAAGAAUAAUCUAGUUUCCGAACGCCUCAGUGAAGGACCACAGCUCAUCUUCAGCUCCAUCCAGUCCUCUGACUCUGGACAGUAUUACUGUACAGCUGAGAACAUGCUGGGGAGGACAUCAGCAAACAUCUCUAUUAAUGUCAAAUAUGGUCCAAAGCGUGCCUCUGUGUCAGUGAGUCCCCCUGCUGAGAUAGUGGAUGGCAGUUCAGUGACUCUGACCUGUAGCAGUGAUGCUAACCCAGCAGCUAACUACACCUGGUACAAGGAGAACCAAACACUGCUUCAAGGACCGGAAAGAAAUUACUAUUUCACCUCCAUCAGCUCUGAGGACAGAGGCAACUACCACUGCAAGUCUGAGAAUCAAUAUGGACUGAUUUACUCCUCAUCUCUAUCUAUAGAUGUGCAGUAUGGUCCAAAGCUUCCCUCUGUGUCAGUGAGUCCCUCUGCUGAGAUAGUGGAGGGCAGUUCAGUGAAUCUGACCUGUAGCAGUGAUGCUAACCCAGCAGCUAACUACACCUGGUACAAGGAGAAUGAAGACUCACCAAAAGCAUCAGGACAGAUCUUCACCAUCACUGACAUCAGAGCUGAACACAGUGGGAAUUAUUACUGUGAAGCGCAGAACAGAAGAGGACGUCAGAACUCCACCUUACAUCUGACUGUUGUAGCAGUUUUCCCAGAAACAUGGAAAUCUGUCAUCAUUGGAACAAUCCCUGCUGUUUUCCUGGUUGUCGUGUGGCUCUCUAUCUUCCUACUCAUAAGAAAAAAGAGAACCUCCAAGCAAUUACCCGAGCCUGGAGAUGGAUCAGACAACAGGGAACAGGUGAGCAAGGAGAACAAUUCAGUUCAGAGGAGCGGGAUGAACUUCACUACGCCAGUAUCCACUUCUCCACGAACCAGACAGACCCUGUAUACUCCAACAUCAGACCAGCUGGACUCCGCAAACAUGAGGGGCAAGAAGAAGAAGAAGAAGAAGACAACGACAAAGUGGAGUAUGCUGCUGUCAAAUUUAACAGUGCCAGUACUCCGCCGAGAACCAGAGGUCAGGAAACAGGGGAGGAUCCAGAUGCAUGCUACAGUACAGUCAACAAAACUGCUGAAUUUAACAGAAAACUCUAGUAUUUCCUUUUUCUGAUUUCAAGCCAUGCUAGCAGCCUCCACUUUGUUCCAGGCUAAAAUGGCUCAACAACUACUCGAUCUAUUGCCAUACACUUUCGUUCUGACAUUCAUGAUCAUCAGAGGAUGACUCAUUCUGACUUUGGUUAUUCCCUGACUUUAACUCCAACUGCAAAGCAUGGCAAUAUAUAUACAAUUUAUUUUCUGUGUUAUGUAAAUAUACAUAUGUAGGAAAUUGUAAAGACCGUGUUAAAUAUGAUAUAAAUACUUUAUGAUGUAAACAUAGUAGCUAUUCAUGGUGAUUAUUAUAUAGUAGUGGAAAAGGGGGUAGGGUUGAAUAAACUUUUGCUUCUUCCUAUUCCUUUUUCCGGACAUGUUUAAUUAAUAUUCUGUUUUGUUUCUGUUUUGUUCUUUUAGUUUUUAUUAUUUAAAUUUUUUUUUUACAUGUUCGAAAUAAAGCAUUCAUCCAUUCAA